UUUGGCCCUAAUAAGCUUUCCAUGUCCCUGGAAAGAUGACGAUUCAGGACUAGCCUCUUCCCGAUAUGGUUAGAAAUGCCCUCAUCAGCCCUAGACCGGCCCUUUCCCUUCCAUCCACUUCUUCUUGACAUCCAUCCACCAUCAGAAUUAACUAAGUCCAUUCAUCCAUCUUUCAUCUUCCACCUUCCAUCUGUUCCUUAAUUUCCUCAACACUCCUUCACCAACCUUUCCUACUACCCACCAACCAUCAACUCAAAAUCAAAUUAACCCCAUCUCGAAUCUCCCGUAAUCUUUGCGCCGACCGUCCGCCUUACCCUCUACUCCAUUGGACGCAUUACGUCGCUCCUUUCCCUUCCGCUUCCGCUUCCGCUCCCGGCGCAAAAUGUAUGCCACUCGUGCUGCAUCGCGGGCAACCCCCGCCGUCAUGAGGGCCGGCAUUAGGACCUCUGGAAGGCUGCCUCGAAGUAUGCCUCGAAAUAUGCCUGCCAUUGCCAUCUUGCUUCCCUACCGUCCCUUGUCUACCGAAACUUCGACGUCAUCCAACUCGGGUGGUAACUUUCCGCCCCCUGGCUUCAACGCAAACCAAGCCAGGAAGCCCCUACCCAAAGAAGAACAACAGAAGGCUACAGAGAAAUCAACAAGCUCAGAAGUUCCCGAUGUCGCAAUCCCCCGUACGGGACCUACCGCUCUCCCGAAGACCAAAGCCGAGGAGCAGCAGACCCUAACCGAGCUUGCGGCAGAGAAGGCCAACGCCGAGAGCAAAGACGGAAAGAAGGUGGUCGCAAAGAAGGAGGAGGAGAAGGUGAAGCUCACAGUCUGGCAAAAGGUCAAGAAGGAAGCAAAUCAUUAUUGGGAUGGUACAAAACUGCUCGUAGCCGAGGUCCGGAUCAGCUCAAAGCUCGCCUUGAAGAUGGCAGCUGGUUAUGAGCUCACUCGCAGAGAGCAUCGCCAGCUCCAACGCACAGUACAGGACCUGGGCCGUCUGAUCCCUUUCUCCGUCUUUGUCAUUGUUCCUUUCGCCGAGCUGCUACUCCCAGUUGCGCUCAAGCUCUUCCCCAAUCUCCUCCCCAGCACAUAUGAGGGACAGUCCUCAAAAGACGCAAAGGCAAAGACUCUACGAGCGACAAGAAAGGAGGUCAGCACCUUCCUCCGCCAGACCCUGAAAGAGACUGGUCUGCCGGUGUCUGCAGAGAAUGCACAGCGAGAGGAGUUUUCCGAGUUCUUCCGAAAGGUUCGCACUACUGGAGAGUCACCAUCCCAAGAAGAGAUCAUCAAGGUCUGCAAGAUUUUCAAGGACGACCUGACUUUGGACAACUUGUCACGACCACAGCUCGUGGCAAUCUGCCGCUACAUGAACAUGGCUUCGUUUGGUACUGACAACUUCCUGCGCUACCAAGUUCGUGUCCGCAUGCGACAGAUCAAGCGCGAUGAUCGUGCCAUCUCGUACGAAGGUGUCGAUUCCCUGUCUGUCCCUGAGCUCCAGACCGCUUGCGCCAGCCGUGGCCUGCGAACACAUGGUGUCUCCCCCGCAAGGCUGCGUGAAGAUCUCUUGACCUGGCUUGAGCUCCGACUCAAGUUCGGCGUGCCCUCCACAUUGCUCGUGCUAUCGAACGCAUUCGUCUAUGCCCAGGGCAAAGAGUCGGAAAUGACAUCCCAGAUGGACGCUCUGCAGGCAGUUUUGUCUAGCAUUCCAGAGGAGCUGUACCACGAGGUCGAACUUGAGGUCCACACGUCCGAGGGUGCUGCUACCAACAAGCAGCGUCUUGAGGUACUCAAGGAGCAACAAGAGCUCAUCGAAGAGGAGAAUGAGCAAAACCAAGGCCAGGGCAAGAAUGCUUCUCCUAAGGAUCACGAGAACAUUGACGAAGAUGACAAGCCAAAGCGUCAAGCCAAGGAAGGGGAAAAGCAAGAGAGCAAGGAGGCUGAGGCUAGCUCUGCCGACAGUGCCACAGGUACUGGAAGUGCUGAGCGAGCUGAGCAGGACAAACGCGCCUUGGAGGGCGACAAGGCCUCUGCGAAAGAAGAGCAAAAGUCAACUUAGGGUUGUCAUGAUUGUAUAGUAUUUGUAUAGAGUGCCUAGAAUGGGCCCGGAUGUAACCCAUCAUGUAACGUUCCUUUUUUUUUUCCUUUGUUGUGUAGAUACAACCGAUGGGUAUACACAUGUAUACAUACGGCAUCAGGGGGCAUCAGGAGGCAUCAGGAGGCAUCAGGAGGCAUAAGCACCGGCUUGAAGCUGGCGUAGGAAAGAAAACAAC